AUGCAUUUGUACUCACUGAGCAGUUUUUCAAUCUUAAUUUGUCUACUUUAUGUUCAAUCUCAAGUACUGUACGAAUGUAAUUUCGACAAUGCUACACUAAGCGAAAACUGCUUCACUACAGAAGUUUUACUUAUCUCAAAUUUGGCAGUCCUAACUAAUCAACCAUUAGAUCAUCCAGCAUCUGACGUUACAUCAGCUUUAAAGCCAACGAAUAAUGGACAAGUGUGUCAGUUACCCUACAAAGUAGGCAACUACACUUGGGACAUGUAUUUUUGCUACAAAGGCUAUUGCCCAACAGAAAAUGGUGAAAAUAGCGAGUGCGCACCAGGACAAUAUGCUGCGUUCCAGUUUCGUGAUAAUGCAACAGAGUCUUACCAACUCAAGACUGAAUUAAGUAACAUCAAUGUUACUAGUGAACAAUAUCUUAUCUAUUAUUAUUACAUAUCAAAUAUUGGUCAAAAAAGCAUAACAAUAAUUAAAGAAGUGGAUGGCACUAAUGAGACAAUCGAUUUUGUUACCAGUAGUCCUUUUAAUGGAUGGAUUAAACGUGAAAUACUCUUUAAUGCAACAGAGUCUGGUUACAAGAUCUAUUUCGAUUUACAAAAAACAUCACCGGAACUAGCUCUCUUUCAUAUGGCAUUGGACGAAAUAUCAAUUCGACAAGUCAAUGCUGAUGAUCAACAUACAACUACUGAUCUUUCUACAGCAAUUACAACUUCAGCUAUUGAUAUUGCCAGUUCGUCACUAUUAAUGUCGAAUACAUCUAUGUCGAUGGUUCCCGAUAUUUCAACAAAUGAUCAACAUAUAACUGACAAUCCAACAGCAGUAACAUCACUGCUAAUUCAAACUACUACAAUAACUUUGUCGACCGAAGCCACAACAACAGUAUUCAAAGUAGUCGACACAACAGCAUCAAGUGCUGCAGGGAGCUUCGGUACAACAUCUGUAACAAUAGAUGCGCCUACGAUCGCGAAUACCACAUAUGUUAAUGGUAAAAAUGAUAUUCUAAUUAUCAUUUUGGUCACUGUCAUACCAGUAGUUUCCAUUGCAAUUAUAAGCAUCAUCAUAUCGGUGAUACUAUUAUAUUCCACAAUUCUUCGUGGUCGUAAUUUACGUCGCUCAUAUCGAAAGAAGCGAAAGCAUUCAUUAAAAAAUUCUAUAGAAUUGAAUCGCAUUUCACCUAUUUAA